AGCUGCUACCUGCAGUGGCUACAGUUGCCAUCCAACGGUGUGUUGACUCAAGGCAACCCGAGGAAUUUGGAGGCGGGAUACUCAAUUCCAAAUGUAAAAGUUUACUUUAUUUAAAUGUAAACAAUUCGUUUUAUUUAAUUUCUCCGGUGUCAUGGCAACGACCAAGCCGACUUUCCUGGCGCAGCCAGCGGUGAAGUGCGUGCGGGUUUACCGCAACGGGGACCCCUUUUACGCCGGUCGAAAGUUCGUGAUCAACGAACGCCAGAUCUCGACCUUUGAAGCCUUCUUGAAGGAGGUGACCAACGGUUUGGAGGCACCAUUCGGGGCCGUCCGCAACAUUUAUACCCCGCAGCAGGGUCACCGUGUGUACCAGCUGGAGGAAUUGGAUACCGGCAAGCAAUACGUAGCAGGAGGCCAGGAGAGGUUUAAAAAACUCGACUAUAUUCAGAUAGGAAUAAAGAAAAAAAAGCCGUUACCAAAGGAUGUCCAGAUCAAGCCAGUUGCUCACAGCCGGAUAAUAGCAUCAGCGCGAUUUCGAAAGCCGACUCAAGAGCCGUGCAUUAUUUGUGUGUUCUCAAAUGGAGACUUCCUAAGUCCUGCUACUCGGUUGCUGAUUCCGAAGAGAAUACUGGGCGAGUGGGAACAGGUCCUUUCCAGCAUCACUGAGAAAGUGAACCUUAGAACGGGAGCCGUAAGAAAGCUUCAUACAUUAGAUGGAAGAUGCAUCAAUGAUGGCACAGAGCUUGAGAACGGUGGAUAUUAUGUUGCGGUGGGCAGAGAUAAAUUUAAGAAAUUACCCUAUGGUGAACUGAUUUUCAGUAAACCAUACCGAGGAAGAUCUAAUGGAUCAAAGGCUGCUUCACUUCCUCCAAUUCCUGGAUCUAAGAAGAGUAAGGAACACGGAGAUCGCCAAGUUCGUUCAACAGGGACCACAAGUGAAGCAUAUCCAAUGAAUUCACCACAGCCAGCAAAAAGGAAAGGAAAGAAGGAACAAAUUACAACUGGAGAAGAAUCAGUGUUCCAUGCAAAACCCAUCAAAGUGAGGAACGUUAAGGAGGAUAUUGGAAACCCAAAACUUAUUCAAGAGGAUGGCUGUGUGUUUAAAGCUUAUGAGGAAAGGACCGAGACCAUGGGUGCAACAGAAGUUCAAGAAGAUAAUCAAACACAGGUCGAGCUGCCCAUUGAUCAGAGACCCGCAGAGACUGUUGAUGAGGAGGAAGAUCUACCAGAGCCUUGUAAUGAACAAAGUAGUCAUGAAGGACAUGAAAAUUCUCAAAAUGUGGAGCAAGGAACUUGCAAUGAUUCAUUUAAUGAGGAUGAAAUCCUUAAGAUUUCACAGAGUAAAAAAAGUGAAGUUGAUCAGCAGAUAGAUGAAAUUACUGACCUUGCAGAAGAAGAGGUGGAAGAUCAAACAGAGGAGAAUGAAGACAAAAAAUUUAAUGAGAAUAAUCUUCCUUAUAAAGAAGAGGUAAUGAGUGAAGAAGGUGAACUUGAUCAUCAAAUAGAAGAAGAAAUGACUGAUCUUGCAGAAGAAGAGGUGGAAGAUCAAACAGAGGUGAAUGAGGAAUAUGAAUCUUUUAAUCAGAAUGAUCUUCCUCAUGACGAACAAACAACAGGUGAUGAAAGUAAAAUUGAUCAUCAGGAAGAAGAAGAAAUUGCUGACCUUGCAGAAGAAGAAGUAGAAGAUAUUGAUCAAGUGGAAGAGAAUGGAGAAGAUAAAUCUUUUUAUCAGAGUGAUUUUCCUUAUAAAGAAAAGAUAAUGGGUGAAGAAAGUGAAAUUGAUCAUCAUGUAACAGAAGACAUUUCUGACCCUGUGGAAGAAGAGGAGCAAGAUGUUGAUCAAAUGGAAGAGGUGCAAGAAGAUAAAUAUUUUCAUCAUAAGCAAGACGAAUUUCAACAAAAUGGCUUAGAUCAGGAAUUGGAAGACCAUUUUGCAGAUGGAGAAACCCCACUGGAAGAGGUUGACAAAGAGAAUGAAGUGAUGACCACAGAAGAACUUAGCAAGGAUGUUGACAAUCUGGAAGAAAUAUUAGCAAGUCCUGCAGAAAGUAUACCGAGUCCACUCGAAGGUGAUGGAAAUGAAACCAUUCAGUCAGCGACUGGACAUGCUGUCUUGGCUCAGUGAAUCUUGAAGCCGUUACAAGUUAGCAACUAUAGCACAAUUCCUUAUCCUUUUAUUUUGUCAUCUCAUUUUAUCUUAUUGUUAUGGUGCCACCUCUAGCUUCAACAGUGAACAAUUGUCGGGCAAAAAUGUUUCCUUGGCUGUUGGGGUUGUUCUAUAAUUGGUCAAAGUGCUUGCUUGUGAUUAAAUACAAUACUUUAUGGGUGAAGGCUAGGGAAUAAUUUGAACAGGCCACCUAAACAUAAUGUAAUACUGUUUCUAAAGUCAUAUAUUUUCACAAUAAGCUCCAACAUUCACAUUCCUAUUGGAACCCUCUCUAUAAUUGCAUCCUCUCUUCCCGAAGUGCUAAUAAUAUGGCUUCAAUGGAGAAGGGUAUAAUUGAUGCAAGAUCCAUUUACAUAGUCAGCUUUCAUUGUAAACGUGGACUUAGAAAUUUGUAAUGGUGAAAUUUGGCCAACGUUUGCCUCUGUGUACUUUUUUUCACAUAGUUUAGAUAACCUGCUUGUGAGAGGUCCACUCAAAAACUAACAAAAAGCCUAUUGCUAAUCAGAGCCUGUAAAUUGAAACAAGCAAGUACUUUGAGCCUGGAACUCUAACCCAGCGAACAUUUGGUUAGGAUAUUUCCAUUUAGCUUCAUGAACAGCUGGGCCACAGGAAUACUUGCUGUGAAUUCUUACAGAUAUCAUUGGCUUUGGAAAGUGAUAUUAGCUAUAAAGUAAUUGAUUUUGGUAUGAUUGGAAUGAUUUUGUUUUGCAGCAACAUCCCAUUUUUAGAAAAUUAUUACAGCUUGUCAAGUGCACAUUUAACUACUUUUACCCAGCAACAUAUGAGUGAGCUUUAAAGUUUCAUGAGCCUCUUGAUUACCAAUGAAAUGUCUUGACGGCCAUGGUUAAAACUCAGAGGAAAUGAAAGCAACCAAAAGUUUCUGAUUAACAUGCAGAAUAACAAUAUGAUUGCCCAGCUGAAACAUUAGCUGACUGUUUUGAACAAUUUAAACCAUAGUUGCUACCACAGCCCACCUGCAUUUAUUGGAAUUAUACUAAAUAAGGGUAAGUGCUGGUGGAGCUGCUAUAGCCUUGUAGAGGGGUUUCACCUGCAACAGUUGUAAUUAUUGGGGACUGAAAGGUAGUCUCAAAAUGUUGAGUGCCAGUGCGAGACUUUAAAAAAUCCAGCCUUUUUAUAUCAAUGGCAAAACAUGAAUAAUUAUUAUUAAGGUAAACAUAUAAGAAAGUGAGCUUCAUUAAGACCCCCUUGGUUCAAUAAUAUUCUUUGAUUCUAUAUAAAGAUGACUGGCUGUUAUGUCAGCUUUGAUAUCUUAGAUCAUUGUGACAAAAUGUUAAAUUAUUUACUGGUCUUAAGACCAACACAUGCCCAUAAAGCCAUAUAUUAUUUUGAAUCCUGCAGCUAUCUGUGCACUAAUUUAUUGCAUUUCUCUCACCUUAUAUAUUUAGCACAAUUGGGAUUGGGGGCCCAAGAGGCAGGGUGUAUUCAGACGUAUACAGAGUGUAGUAUCUGAACUAAUCUCGAUGUGCAGUACAAUAAAGCUAGCGCCAGGGAAUAAAUGAAUUGUAGUAUCAGAGAUAGCACUGAGAGGAAGUAAGUAGUAUUAAAAGACAAAACUUUCUGAGUCCCUGUGCUAACAGUGAGUUUCAGUUCAAGCCCCCCCCCCCCCGCAAUUAAUUAUCCACCCAUUAAUGUAAUGGAUGAACAACCACAAGGAUGGUGGGAGAAUUUUAAAGUUACAUUUUGUUAUGAUCUGAAAUGUACUGUCUGAAAAUUGUGUCAGAAGGAGAUUGAAUAAUAACUAUCAAGGGAGAAAUUAACUGAAAAUGAACACACCAACUUGCAAAAUCAUGGUCCAUUCAGCCCCUCAGGCUUGCUCCGCUAUUCAAUAACACCAUUGGAUGAUCUGUUAGUGUUCCAAAUUCCAUAUCCCUAUCAACCCCUUAAUCCUUGAUUCUCUUGCCGAAUAAGAAUCUAUCUACCUCUGCUGUACAAAUAUUUAAUGAUCCUACCUCUACCACGUUCUGAGAUACAGUUCAUGCCUUUGAGAGAUGAAAUUUCUCCUUUUCUAAAACGAUGACGCCCUAAUUUUAACACUGUGCCUUUCAGUUCUGCACUGAUCUACAAGGGGAAACUUCUUUUCUACAUUCACCUUGUCAAGACAAUUCAGAUCUUGUGUACUUCAAUCAUCACCUCUCACUCUUCUUAAUUCGAGUGAAAACAAAGCCAAGUCUGUCCAAUCUAACCUCCUAAGACAACUUACUCCUUCAAGUUAUCAAGUAAUCCUUCUCUGAACUGUCUCCAAUGCAUUUGCUUCCUUCCUUAAGUAUGCACAUAGCAUUCCAUUAGCUUUUUUGAUUAUGUGCUGUACCUACUUACUAACUUUUUGUGACCUGUGAACCAGAACACUAUAAGCCUCCUACACAUCAGAAUUUUGCAUUCACUCUGUUUAUGUAAUACUCCACAUUUUUCUUUUUUCCUGUCAAAGUGAACAACUCCACAUUUUUCCAUGUUAUACUUCAACUGCCUGAUAUUUACCCAUUCAGUCAAACUGUUUAUAUCUGUCUGCAAUCCCUUUAUCUCUUCUUUACAAUAUACUUUUCUACCUAUUUUGAUGUUGUCAGUGAAUUUAGCUACCACGUUUUUGUUCCCCUUUAAGGCAUUUGUGUAAGUUGUAGGAAAUUGAGACCCCAGCACAAACCACUGUGCGUCCUUAUCACCUUUUUCUAAUCAGAGACCAAUUUAUGCUUUUAUUGUCUCAACUAGCUGGACUUCUAUGGCUGUUAAUAUGUUGUCCCGUGUGCCAAGAGAUUCUGUUUUCUACACUAACCUUCAAUACGGUGCGUUAUGACCUAACUUCUAGAACUGCAUAUACAGUACAUCUACAGGUUCUCCUUCAUCGACAGCAUAUGUUACUCUUUUGAAAGAACUCCAAUACAUUAUUUAAACAUGAUUUCCCUUUGAUAAAACAAGGCUGACUUCCCAAUUUACCUUGAGUUUUUUGAAGUGCACAGUUCUAUUCCAUCUAAUAAUCGAUUCUAACACCUUUCCCAUAAAUCACGUCUAGGCUAAUCCAGACUAUAGUUUCCUGUUUUCUGCUUCCCUCCCUUCCUAACUAAUGGGGUUAAAUAUGUUACUUUCCAGCCUGAUAGGACCUUUCCUGAAUCAAAGUAUUUUGAAAAAUUAACAUUACAUGUCUAAUAGCUCAUUAGCCACCUUUUUAGGGCCUGACAAUGGAGUUCUUGUGGACCUGGUGACUUGUCAGCCUCCAGCUCCAUCAGUUUACGAAGCAACAUCUGAUACAUGCCUGCCUUCUCCUCAGAGAAAAUUCAUCAAGUUUAUUUAUUCUGUGAACACAGAGGAUUUGUGAUUGUAACUUAAGUCGAUUCUUUUCUCCUUUCUGCCUCAUGCUUUCCAGUUAUUACUAGAAUACAUUUGUAAUUCACAAUCUUUCGAAGACCAGCAUUCUCUUUUUUUGUCUUUUCCUUUUAAAUACAUGUCGAGGCUCUUGUUACCCAUUUUACAUUAUUAGCAAACUUCCACUCAUCCUCUAAUCUCUUCCUCCUAACCUUUCAGUGAUUUUCUGCCAAAUGGUAUGAUCUGACCAACCAUCUGACCUGCCAUUUAUCUUUCCAGUUAUUUGCUUUUGCCUCAAGUUUGAUGCUUUCCCUAACGCCUUUAGUUAACUUCAGCUGGUAAUUCCUUCCUUAUAGUAAGAGUAAACUUAUUAUAAGCAUUUUGAUAUAUCCCCGUAAUUAUCUGCCACUGUUUCUGUACAUGCCAGUUCACUUCAGCUAGCUCAGUUUACAUGUCCACAUAGUUGCCCUUAUUUCAGUUUAAAACGUUAGUCUUAGAGCCCACUGUUCUGUUUGUAAAGAAAGGAAUGAGGCAGGGAAGCGAUGACUAUUUGAUAAGUUCUUUGAAAGAAUCACCACAUACAUAUUGGAUAAAACGGUCUCUUUCUGGUGCAGUUUGAACCACAUGUGCUCACAUGUGCACUGAUGUCACCCACUUGGUCUGAGGUAUGGUCAGCAGAUCAGUCUUCAGGUUUUCAAUCCAAAUGUCUGAGAGAAUUUAAUUUUAAAAAGCAAUACAUUUUUCUGCAUUCUCCUCCAGUCUUUCCACACCCCUAGGCAAUACACAGAGCCUCAGUCUGCUGACCAUGUAUUCUGAGUUCCCAUGCUUCUAAGCAAAGACCCGCAAAGAGCUGAUGGAAAUUAUGAUAUCUGCUCAAGUUGCUGUGAUUACACAUUCCCUGACAAUUGCAAAAUCUUCCCACUACGUUAUUAGUAGCUAACAGGAGGUGGAAGAUAACAUUUCCAUGCUUUUAGUCACAGUGUAGCCUUGAUUGUAUUGCAUACCCUUACAAUGAAAUACUAUAGAUAUAGCAAAAUAAAUUUAUAAUCUAUUUGCCAGAUACAUAGACAUUUAUAGGAUAAUUUAUUCCCUGUUUAUUGACCUUAGGUUAUUAAUUAGUGAACAGUUACUAUAACUAACAUAAAAACACAAGAAAUAGGAAGUCAAGCCACUCAGUUCUUUGAAGCCUUUUGCAUUGACGUUUAUGGCAUGUCAUGCAGAGGUCAACAGAAUACAUAAGCAGGAACUUACCUCCUCAAGAGUGGUGGGAAUAGGAGAUAUGCAAACAUAUUCUGUGGUCAGAGUGUCUCAGUAUCACAGUAAAGAUGUGUUCUUUCUUUUACCCAGCAACAAUUUUAACAUUAUGUCUAAAAAUGAAAAUUGGGGGAGAAUAUCCAGUGACUUCCUACAGUAGAUAUUGUCAUUUCCAUAUGAGAGUUUGUUCCACAAUUUAGGCAGCAUUGUGCUGUGCAUGCUGGGAUCUGGAGUUAAUGGUGCAUGCACUUUCCUGGGUUUUGGCACAGUUCCAGAAGUUGAGGGGUUGGUGUUCGGAUUUGUCCUGCACGCAGCCAGAGAAGCUUUGAGUUGAACUGGAUCAUUUCACUUUUGACUCUUAAACAUUACACAUGCAAUCAUGGCUAUCUGAUUUUUAUGUUUAUGUUCAAAACUAUUACACUUUUUAUCACAAUUCUUUUUUUUUUCUAUGACUACAGUGUAUACCUGUCUGUAACUGAUGAUUUUAUUUCCCAUUUGGUGAAAAUGUAAAAUGUCAUUUACUCAUUCUGGUUCUAUUUAUAACCCAGAGCUUUGAUCCCCAUGGCGAGAGUGAACCUUGGGCAGAAUGGAUUUCAAGUAUUUUUGCCAGUGGAUAGGCAUCUCUUUGUUACAAUGGAUUAUUCACCAGAGAAAAUAACAACCUCUACUGGUGCAAUACCUUUUGUUUUCGUUAAGACCCUUAGUUGAGGUCUUGAGUGUGGCCGUUGAUGAUCUGUAAAAGAUAUGACAUCUGAAGAGCCUAGAGAAACUUUGUCAAUUUGACAGCUGAUUUAAUGUGAGGGAAAACAGAUUCAUUUAUUUGCACAUACUGUUUAUAUUAAUUUGUCUACAUCAUACACUUUGAACUGAAAGCACAUGGAUCAUUGAGAUACCUUUGAAACCGUGUAAAUAACACCCUAAUGAAGACUUAGAAACUGCUAUCAUUGUAAAAUAUGUCCUUGCAUAUGAAUACUUUAUCAAUAUUUUGUUGGCCAGGACUUUAGAGAUGUUGUAUUAUAUUUUACUUUACAUUUCUAUAUUAAAAAUAAAGUGAAUCAAUGCUGUUUUUGUUUCGUUUUGCUGAGGACAGUGGGUUGAUAAAAUUAAAAACUACCCUUCCAUUGCCAGAGCGCUUGCAGAACAGGAUUA